AUGUUUGGAUCAUUAAAAAGAAUAGCAAGUCAUGCUGGAAGUUGGUACCCAUCUGAUAAAAAAAAGCUUGAUUAGUAGCUCUCCCAAUAUCUCGAAAAGGCAAGACAUGAUAUAAGUCAGAGAGAGGAAUCAAAAGGGAAGAUUAGAGCUAUUAUAGCACCUCAUGCAGGUUAUGAUUAUAGUGGUCAGGUUGCAGCAUAUGCUUACUGCUAAUUAGAUCCUGAUCAGUAUAAAAGAGUUAUUGUUUUAGGUCCAUCUCAUCAUGUUUAUUUGGAUUCUUGCGCUCUAACACUUUGUUCAAAGUAUCAGACCCCUCUAGGAGAUCUAACAAUUGACAGUGAAACAAAUGCAGCAUUGCUGAAGGAAGGAGUUUUUAAGUAAAUGCCAAAGUAGGUUGAUGAAGAAGAGCAUUCCAUUGAAAUGCAUCUGCCCUACCUCAAGAAAGUUUUUGGAGAUAAAGUCAAGAUUGUUCCUAUUCUUGUUGGUAAUCUCACCAAAGACAGAGAGCAAUAGUUUGGUAAAAUCCUAGCGAAGCACUUGGAUAAUGGUGAGGAAAAUCUCUUUGUAAUUUCAUCAGAUUUCUGCCACUGGGGUCAUAGCUUUGAUUAUAUGUACCUUGUUGAAAAAAUAGAUAAAGAUAAAAAUACUAUUUCAAAGUAAAUUGAGAGAUUAGAUAAGCAAGGAAUAAGCCAUAUCGUCGAGUAAGAUGCUGAUAAAUUCUAAGAAUACCUUGAAAUUACUGAUAAUACCAUUUGCGGUAGACAUCCUAUUUCUGUACUUUUGGAAUGCCUCAAAGAGUUAGAUGCAAAGAAAUUCAAAACUGAGCUUGCUUAGUAUGGAUAAAGUGGAGAACUAAUUGAUGAUAAAAAUGACACUUCAGUAUCUUAUGCAAGUAUUGUAACCAGAGAGAAUAUAGUUUGA